AUGGCACAGAAUGGUGAAGGAGAAACUCGCCUGGUCGACCCUGAUCCAAGCUGGAAGUUUGUGGGAUAUGCGCCCUUUGUGGUGUAUCCUUCCCUGUUUGGCAAGGCUGCACCGCUGUGGCUGGACCUGUACCAUGGCCCCAAUGAAACCUGUGGGCCCAAUGAGGGGCGCCUGCACGUGGCAAAUGUCGAUGCUCUUGUUGGACUGAGAGGCAGCCGGCAAUACGCGACAAUUGUCAAAGGCGCUGGGACAGCAUUCUACGCAGAUGCGCGAGCUGACGGGCUGAGUACUGAGACCUUUCGCUACUUUGAUGAGUUCAAGGGAGUUGGCAAUCACAUAUUCCCAAAUGAUCCAUUCUCGGUGGAGCUGAGGUUUGUGCUCACUGGGAUGUUUGGAGAUCCAAUUAAUGUGGCCCACGCGGUUGCUGUGACAUGCGGCGCCUACUACUUUGGAUGGCAUCCCAAGACUGCACAUGUGCUGUACAUGAUGCUGACGGUGGUUAAGUGGGGCUUGCAUCCGAGCUGGAAGUUUGCGGGAUACUCGCCGUUUGAGGUCCACUCCACCCUGUUUGGCAAGUCUGCACUGCUGUGGCUUGAGCUGUACCAUGGCAUCAGUGACACCUGUGGGCCAAAGGAGGGGCGCCUGCAUGUGACCAAUGCUGAUGCCCUUGUGGAACUGAAAGGCAGCCGGCACCAUGCAUCUGUGAAUAAAGGUGUUGGGACAGCAUUCUAUGUAGAUGCGCGAGCUGAUGGGCUGAGUGCUCAGACCUUCCGCUGCGUAGAGCACUCCACCGGCAUUAUCAACCACAUCUUUGGAAGUGAUCCGUAUCUGGUGGAGCUGAGAUUCAUGGUGUGGGGAUUUAUGCAGCCUGCAAACUUGGCAGUCGUGAUUGCUCUGGCAUGCAGCAAGUACUUCUUUGGAUGGUCCUGGGAGACCAUCUCUUUGGUGGGACUGAUGGUGCCGGUGGCCGUUGUGGGCUUGCGUGCAUUCUCGGCUCUUCUCAGGGGCGAGCUUGAUGCCUUCAUAGGGCUGGAAUAA